CCGCCCCCCCUUAUAUAAGCGCAGUGCGGCACUGCAGCUAGCGCACUUCUCACUGAGACCCGUCACCCGGACUCUAAGUGAGACCCACCGCCCGGACUCACCAUGCGUGAAUGCAUCUCAGUCCAUGUGGGGCAGGCAGGUGUCCAGAUGGGCAAUGCCUGCUGGGAGCUCUACUGUCUGGAACAUGGGAUUCAGCCUGAUGGACAGAUGCCCAGUGACAAGACCAUUGGUGGAGGGGAUGACUCCUUUACCACCUUCUUCUGUGAAACCGGCGCUGGAAAGCACGUGCCCCGGGCAGUUUUUGUGGAUUUGGAGCCCACUGUAAUUGAUGAGAUCCGAAAUGGCCCAUAUCGGCAGCUCUUCCACCCAGAGCAGCUCAUCACUGGGAAAGAGGAUGCUGCAAACAACUAUGCCCGUGGUCACUACACCAUUGGCAAGGAGAUCAUUGACCCAGUCCUGGACCGGAUCCGCAAGCUGUCUGACCAGUGCACAGGACUUCAGGGCUUCCUGGUCUUCCACAGCUUUGGGGGUGGCACCGGCUCCGGCUUUACCUCGCUCCUGAUGGAGCGGCUCUCUGUUGACUAUGGCAAGAAAUCCAAGCUGGAGUUUUCCAUCUACCCAGCCCCCCAGGUUUCCACAGCUGUAGUCGAGCCCUACAACUCCAUCCUGACCACCCACACCACCCUGGAGCACUCAGACUGUGCCUUCAUGGUGGACAACGAAGCCAUCUAUGACAUCUGCCGCCGCAAUCUGGACAUCGAGCGCCCCACCUACACCAACCUCAACCGCCUCAUCAGCCAGAUCGUCUCCUCCAUCACAGCUUCCCUGCGCUUCGACGGGGCCCUCAAUGUGGACCUGACGGAGUUCCAGACCAACCUGGUGCUGUACCCUCGCAUCCACUUCCCCCUGGCCACCUAUGCGCCAGUCAUCUCUGCAGAGAAGGCCUACCAUGAGCAGCUGUCAGUGGCUGAGAUCACCAAUGCCUGCUUCGAGCCUGCCAACCAGAUGGUGAAAUGUGAUCCCCGUCAUGGCAAAUACAUGGCCUGCUGCCUGCUGUACCGUGGAGACGUGGUGCCCAAGGAUGUCAAUGCUGCCAUUGCUGCCAUCAAGACCAAGCGCAGUAUUCAAUUUGUGGACUGGUGCCCCACGGGCUUCAAGGUUGGUAUCAAUUACCAGCCGCCCACUGUGGUGCCCGGGGGUGACCUGGCCAAGGUGCAGCGUGCCGUGUGCAUGCUGAGCAACACAACUGCCAUCGCCGAGGCCUGGGCCCGCCUGGACCACAAGUUCGACCUGAUGUAUGCCAAGAGGGCGUUUGUGCAUUGGUAUGUGGGCGAGGGCAUGGAGGAGGGUGAGUUCUCCGAGGCCCGGGAGGAUAUGGCUGCCCUGGAGAAGGAUUACGAGGAAGUAGGCAUCGACUCCUAUGAGGAUGAGGAUGAGGGAGAAGAAUAGAACAGCUGCCUGGAGCCCACUCACUGUGUUUAUUGCAAAAUCCUUUCGAAAUAAACAGUCUCCUUGCACGGUU